AUGGAGGAGAGCAUUAAAACCGUUGCAGACUCUACUGAAACGGUAAAGUCCGAGGCCUCAGCCAUACUGGAAAAAGCGUCUGAUGUGUCCACAAAGGCAAGAGAUGCAGUGGACGGUGCUUUGUCAAGAGGUAUAGAAGGAGCCAAGAAUUUGCUUAGUGUUUUUGAGGAGAAGAGGACUGAAGUUUCCUCCAAGCUCGUUGGAGCUGUUACUAAUGCUGUUGGUGGAGCAUCAAGCAGCACAAACCGAGACCUUCCCUUAUCCACAGACAAUCAGCCUUUGUUGAGUUGUGAGCGUGGAGGUGAGACGCCGUGGUGGAAGAACUGUUGUGGAGUUCUUGAUCUUCUCAAGACAUCUACAUCUACUACAAAAUGA